UCCAUAUUAGCAUCUCCACAUGUCGAAUGGAACUGAAUUCUGAAUAGCGACCUAUUCCCUUAAGGCUCGCUUCCCCAUCGUUCUGCCAGGCUGAAAGAACAAAUAUGGAAGAUUUAAAGCAAACUUUCACUAAAGGUUGAAAUCCCUUCCAAAAACUUUUUUGUUGACAGAAUAGCAGCAUGGCCUUCUCCAGCAGCGAUGUGCUCACCGUUGGUCCCCUUCAGUACCAAGCUCUCAUGUAUGCCAGCAUAUUCGGAAAUGUCUCUGCAAUAAUUCAGAGGCUUUAUUCGGGAACAACGCACUAUCACACUCAGAUGCUGCGGGUUAAAGAGUUAAUCCGCUUUCAUCAGAUACCUGGAGAACUGAGGCAGAGACUGGAGGAAUAUUUCCAGCACGCCUGGUCCUACACCAAUGGCAUUGAUAUGAAUGCAGUCCUGAAAGGUUUUCCUGAGUGUUUGCAAGCUGAUAUUUGCUUGCAUCUGAAUCAUAGUCUGCUGCAGAACUAUAAGGUGUUCCGAGGGGCGAGUAAAGCGUGUCUGAGAGCUCUUGCCAUGCGCUUCAAAACCACCCACUCGCCACCUGGAGACACCCUCUAUCACCACGGCGACAUUAUCAAAGCCCUCCACUUCAUCUCCCGUGGUUCCAUUCAAGUGUCGCAACAUAACAUUGUGCUGGCCAUCCUGGGGAAGAAUGAUGUCUUUGGCGAGCCUAUAAAUCUGUAUACAGAUCCUGGUCACAGUAACGCUGAUGUUACUGCACUUACCUACUGUGACCUUCAAC